AUGGCUCAACAAGAAGUACCAACGUUUAAACUUGUUCUCGUCGGCGACGGUGGUACCGGCAAGACGACGUUCGUCAAACGUCACUUGACUGGUGAAUUUGAAAAGAAGUAUGUCGCAACUCUUGGGGUCGAGGUUCACCCUUUGACUUUCCACACAAACUUUGGCCCUAUUUGUUUCAACACGUGGGACACUGCGGGACAGGAAAAGUUUGGUGGUCUCAGAGACGGUUAUUACAUUCAAGGGCAAUGCGCCAUCAUCAUGUUCGACGUAACGUCCAGGAUUACAUACAAGAAUGUACCAAACUGGCAUCGGGAUUUAGUUCGCGUGUGUGAAACCAUUCCUAUUGUCCUUUGUGGUAAUAAAGUUGACAUAAAGGAACGUAAAGUUAAGGCCAAAACGAUUACAUUCCACCGCAAGAAAAAUCUUCAGUACUACGACAUUUCCGCCAAAAGUAAUUAUAAUUUCGAAAAACCAUUUUUGUGGUUAGCUCGUAAGCUUAUAGGAAACCCCAAUCUUGAGUUUGUUGCUUCCCCUGCGCUUGCACCACCGGAAGUCUCGGUGGACCCGAACCUAAUGGAACAAUAUAAGGUAGAGUUGGAAAUGGCCGCGAAUCAACCUCUUCCUGAGGAAGAAGAUGACCUUUAA